UUCCCCAUACAGGACUACAAUGAUGAAAUUAGACAGGCACAGCUGCAGGAACUCACUUACCUGAAUGGCGGAUCAGAAAAUGCAGAGGUCCCAAGUGGUCGCGGGAAACAGUCUGUUCGCCCUCGAGGGGGCACCAGUAUCUUCGUUGGCAAGAGCCGUGGAGGAGUGCCACCCGCUUCUGCAGGAGUGCCAAGAGGGGCACCGGCUCCAAGAGGAGUGACCCCUGCUAGGGUUCCAUCUAUACGAGCUCGGGGAAUAUUGGCCACACGAGCAAGAGGACUUCCUCCUCCUGCAGGUUAUCGACCCCCACUGCCAGCACAGGACACGUACGGAGAAUAUGAAUACGAUGAUGGCUAUGGAACGGCAUAUGAUGAGCAAAGUUACGAGUCUUACGAUGACAACUACACUUCUCAAGUACAGAGUUCUGGAGAUUAUUAUGAAUACGGACAUGGAAUUGGUGAGGAAUCAUAUGACUCAUACGGGCAAGAAGAUUGGGCAAACAACAGACAUAAAGUCGCUUCUUCAAGAGCCACAAAAGGAGCCUACAGAGAUCAACCAUAUGCAAGAUACUGA